CCGAGUGUUUCACAUGUCUUGCUCCUUUGCGGCCGCCCUAUCCAUCAGUCACCUUGCCACAAAGGUCUUCUGUUCAUCGAGAAAUACACUAAUCUGCAAAUCAAUUUGGUUUUCACGGGAGACUCAAUUGAAUCUCUCGUUUAUGAUGUUCUCCAGCUGAAUGUGCUGCACACAGGCCGCCUCAUGAUUCAGUUGGCACGAUAUUCAAUAUAUCGAACACAAAGGUUGCCUCAUGUGUCAGUUGGUACGAUAUUCAAGAUAUUGCAAUAUAUUUUCAUAAAGGAAACUAUUCACAAGUUGGCUGAAAACUCUUCAACAGCCUACAACCAGUUCCGCCUUUCUUGGGACUCACCAGGUAGGCACAGUCCCCGAGUUUCCGUCAACCUUACGUUCUACUUGAGCCCAAAUGGGACCAGUUUCGACAAGUACACAUAC